GGACGACCCUUUGGUGACCUCCAAGAUGGCAGACGACGAGCCCGUUGAAACCGAAGAACAGCCCCAAGUCCCCGCUGAGGGCGGAGUCAUGGAUCUCAACUCUGCGUUGAAGCAGGCGUUGAAGAAGGCUCUGAUCCACGACGGGGUCGCCCGUGGUGUGCGCGAGGCCGUCAAGGCUCUCGAUCGCCGCCAGGCACAUCUUUGCAUUCUCGCGCAGGACUGCGACUCUGCCGAGUAUGUUCGCCUUGUCGAGGCUCUCGCUCAGGAGAGCGGCAUCAAGAUCGUCAAGGUUCCUGAUGGCAAGACUCUGGGCGAGUGGGUUGGUCUCUGCAAGCUUGACCGCGAGGGCAAGCCCAGGAAGGUAGUCAAGUGCUCGUGCGCUGUCAUCAAGGACUGGGGCGAGCAGAGCGAGGCCAAGAACUUCCUCAGCGAGCAGCUCGCCAGCUCUUAGGCGACGGGACCUGUGGAUAUUCAUUCUUUCGUUAAACUGUGAAUGAUGUUGCAUGUCUAUCU